AUGGCUGUCGACCUCGAGAACGAUCUGAUCCUCGUCACCGCGGCAAGUGGCAAACAGGGCGGCGCUCUUCUACCUUUCCUCGCUCGGACAUGGAAACGACUGCGUCUACAGUGUGUUUCAGACUCUUCUCGGGAAAGACUGCACCAGCAGUAUCCGCAUGCCGAAAUCGUACAGACGGACUUUGCAGAUUUGGCCAGCGCAAGAAGGUUAAUGCAAGGCGUGACAGCCUGCGUUCUUGUCACCCCGGCAUUUCAUCCAAGAGAGUCUCAUUACGGACUGAACAUGAUUGACGCUGCAGCAGAAAGUCUCCGCUCAGGGGGACUGUUUAAACACCUAGUGUUGUCCAGCGUGCUACACUCUUGCCUUCGUGCAUUGGCGAAUCAUGACAACAAGAGAUUUGUCGAAGAGGCAUUGAUCGAGUCCAUUCUUCCAUACACCAUUGUGCAGCCGUCGCACGUUAUGGAGAACGUCCCCGUCACCGCUAUCGCAAAGCAAGACUCUCCUGUCUUCCACGCGAGAUUUGACCCAGCGACAAAGUUCUCAUUUUCGACUGUCUACGACUUGGGCGAAGCGAUUUCGAACAUUCUCAGAGACAGAGAUCAGCAUUUGUACGCCGUCUACCCGUUGGUCAGCACUCCAGAGCCGCUCAACUACUACGAAGCUAUGGAUAUACUGUCGGCGAGAAUUGGAAAACAAGUACAGAUCCAACGGUUGACGAUGGAGGAUAUCACGAAGGGCUUUGCCACGACGAUUCCUAGCAACACGAAUGAUGACGAUCGUAAAGCUAUACUCCGAGCUUUUGGUCGGUUGAUGGUAUACUAUGACACGAGGGGUCUUAUUGGCAAUGCGAAAGUCCUGGAGCUCGUGCUGGGAAGGAAGCCACUCGGAUAUCGUGAGUGGGUAGAUAUGCAACUCAAAUAG